AUGAUGUCGCUCACGAAUCCCCUUUUCUUGCAAGUGCAAAUUGGUGGUACUUCAUCUCUUAAUUCUAAACGGUCGAACAAUCUUUGCCUGCUGCUGCUCCCGUGCCUCAGUGUGCUUUACGAUACUCUGUGCGAAUGCAUUUUUGUUGCGAAACUUUUACUGCUUUGCGGGGAUAUAGAAGAAAAUCCCGGUCCGCUAAACGCUGACUCUAGCAAAUCGCACAAAGAAUUGCUUGACACCAUAGGAGCCCUUUCAAUGAAAAUCGACAAUCGCCACUCAGAGGUGAUGCAUGCAUUUGCUGAGCUAAAAGAAAACCAAGAGGAACUUUCACAUACAGUCGCAGAUCUUGUAUGCAGAUUGGCAAAUCUUGAAUCUACUGUCGAAUGUCUUGAAACAGCGCUACCUACAACAGAUAUAAGUAGUUCUGUUGCCCAGGCCGUUAAGUCUGAAAGUAUUGCGUUGGCCUCGCGUCUUGAUGAUCUAGAGGAUAGGUCACGGCGACAUAAUUUACUGUUUUUUGGCAUCCCAGACAGCGUUUCCGAGACUUGGACACAAUCGGAAGAGCAUAUCUGUGAGCUUCUCUCACGCCAUUUAAAUUUGCGUAUUACAGAUGGCAUGGUGGAGAGAGCACAUAUGUUGGGUGCUUAUGUUGCAAAUAAGACACGCCCAAUCAUCGUGAAGUUUUCUUCCUUCAAAACCAAACAAAGUAUUCUCUCACAGAAAUCUAAAUUGAAAAGUACAGGUGUUUCCAUUAGCGAAGAUUUCUGCAGGGCAACGCGAUUGACACGAAAAACACUUCUCGAAUUCGUUUUCAAAUACAGCAGUUUGCUCUUCGACUGCAUCUAG